AUCUAGGAUUAGGAUUAAUCUCUGUCUGAAAAAAGUCCCCGUAGACUAAGUAUGUAGUCUAAACUACAUCUAGUCUUGGUCUAACUACAUUGGUAAUGAUGAAUCACUAUCACCAUAUUUUUUGCUGUGUCUAAUUUAAUGCUAAACAAACAGGUGUCUAUAAAAAUUAAGACAUCUAGGACACAGACUACAAUUUAGACUAAGACUAGGUUUAGACUAUUGUUAUAGUUCUGCUUGUUCAACAGUUAGUCCAGGCAUAAACUAAUGGUGAAUCACUACCACAUUGGAUCUUCUGUUAAGUUCAUGUUGGCUCUGGGAAACCAACUCUGUCCCUUUUAAUACAGUAUAGGGUUUACUUGCUCUCAGGCUGGUCUGCAGCCACCUGUUGUCCAUACCAUAACGUGGCCGUUUGCAAUCUGAGAGGGUUCUGUGUCUGUGUUUAGCUUUAAGUGUUGGUAAGCAGGGGUUUGAGAGAGCAGUGAGUCUACUUUCCUUUUGGAUUCAUUAGCAGAAGAGUGCGUGUGUGGCUGUGUUCUUAUUUUUAAAAGUUGAAAUGCCAGUCUUUAUAGAGGAUCCAACUGAGUUUUCCAAAGAGCAGCUGAGGGCUGCACUGAUAUCCCAUAAUGUGGAGCUUCCUCCAGGAGAGAGUAGGAAAGAGGUUUACGUGGAUCUUUAUCUGAAACACGUUCGGAAUAAAAACAGCGCUGAUUUCUCUAGUGAUGACGAGGACCUGGCUCAGAAUGACACAGAGGAGGAAGAGCAAGAAGAGGAGGCAGACAUGGUGGACUUGGGCGCAUUAACUGAUGAUCAGUUAAAAAAACAACUGCUGCGGUAUGGAGUUAAAGCCGGACCAAUUGUAGGCAGCACUAGGGCUUUGUAUGAGAGAAAGCUGCAGAGGCUGAUGGCACAUCCCUUACAGUCCAGAGUCAACGGAACAAGACAUGCUGCGAAGUACUCUGACAGUGAGGUGGAUGAAGGAGAGGAUGAGGAGGAGGAGGAAGAUGAUGAGGAGGAAGAUGACGACGAGGAGGAAUCCGGAUCCGAACAGCUCGGCCCAGAGUCAGCGUAUCGUACUGGAACAAGUGCAACAUGUAGUACGGUGGGGAAAUACAAUAAGAGCGGGGAGUUUUUUUAUCCUCAGUGCUUUAUCCCCAAACUGAGACAGGAAAAGAAACAACAGAGGCAAUUGGAAAGCAGCCGAAGUAGCUCCCACUCUUUCAGCGUCACCCAGAUGGUGGAGGAGAUUGAGAGCAGGCUGAGUCCUCGGUCAAAGCCUGCAGAGACUGAGAGGAGAUUUAGCCAGACGCCAGUGGCCAGCAGGGUGCAGUGGGAUCUUCAAGGCCUAAACGGGAGUACCGUGACCAAUACAACUCUAUAUCUGACUCCUGAGUAUUUGCCCCAUCAGAAACAAGCUGAACCAGCGACUGAUAUUCUGAUGGAGCUCUUCCCAGACACAGCAACUACACCAACUGGAAUCACUGCUACUAAGAGGCGAUCUAUUAAGGGGGCAGCAGGUCGUCCUGUAAAGUUCAAAUACACAGAAACCCCGUUGAGUCCUGCCUCGCUGGAGAGACGAGAGAUCCAGCAGCAUCUGCUGCCUCUGUGGGUGCAGAUCAUCGUCUUUCUCCUAGUGGCUGUCCUCCUCUGUUUCAUAUACAUAUUAAUGGAAGACGGACUGGAAAACCCUUUCAGUGCCGUGUUGGACAGUCUCAGCGAGCAGCCGAUCCCUGAUCAGCUCACUCUCAUCACAAGUUCUCAGGAUGUAAGCACAAGUGAAACUGUUGCUGCCUAGGGAAAAUCUGUGGUGCUUCUGUGGUUUGGACUUAUCAUCAACAAAUUUCCUUAUAAAUGCUAAGGCUGCAAAGUUGGUUUUAUGUGAUGACGUGCUGGAUGAAUGUGGUUUAGUCUAAUAAGAUAUUUUUAUGCAUAGACGUGUUUUGCCAUCCUAAAGCCAUGUUCGUUUUGUCUUCUUUAAUCCAUUCUGCCUUAAUCAACCUAUGUACUCCAGAUUGGAGAGCAAAGGGGACCCAUGUUUUGUGAAGUGAUGCUUUAUUUCUAAAUUAAUAAAUAAAUGUGAUUGAAAAUGAA